AAAGGGGCAGCGCUGCCCUAGUGACUAAUGGAAUAGUCAGUGCAAAUACCUCCUGAUACUUAACAUCCUUAUUCUGGAGUACAGCUAGUCUGGUCUCUCGGUCAUGCACCUGUAUAACUUGUUAGUUAAGGGAAUUAUUUUUGAUUCACAGUGAAGUAAGCGUGACCAGAUUCAAACCCUAGAUCUCGAUCACACACACAAACACUCUGCUUCCUGCUCUCACCACCAUAGAAAUAGUGUGUCCCAUUCGGAAAGUAUGCAACUGAAGCCAUGAGUACAAAUAAACAGUGGGAUGUUAACAAAGCGCUGGCUGUUGCCAGCCUCUUCCAUUUUCUUUACAGUGCAGGAAAUGCCUGUGUAAUUCCAUUUUUAACUCUUUACUUUCGGCAGUUGGGGUUAACUGCCCCUUUAGUAGGUAUUAUCAUAGGAAUUAAGCAUUUAAUAUCAUCUCUCUGGGCACCACUCUGCUCCUACUUUACAAGGAGCCACAGUAAAAGAAAAGUUCUCAUUACUGGAUCUUUGCUGUGUUCAGUAGGAACAGGCUUGCUGCUUACACUUGUCCCACCCUUGAGCAAGGACGUCAUGUACAAAUAUUGUAAUAUAAGCCAGCAAUCGAGCAGCUUCGCGAAUGCAGUAGAGGUGCCUGAUCUGCGACUGAACAAUCCGAGUGCUGUACAUCCCAGUACAGUUACCAAUAAAGAAAUGGUGUCUGCAGAAACACUAAGACCAUCUACAAAUGUUUUGGUGACUAGUGCAAAACCACUGAUAAGUUCAGCUUUCCAAGAAAUGUUUACCUUUACAGAUGCAUGGGAAAAGAAUGAUGAAGGAAUUGGUGAAGUGGGUACAACUGCAGACUAUUAUAGUAAUAGGCCUUCUGGCAAGAUAGCUUCUUCUGUGAAUGUAAUUAACCAGAUGAUACAAGAACUUGAGACACUCACUUCAAAUGAAACGCCAAUCCCUAGGUUUAAGAAGGAAACCAAAACUCCAGAGAUUGGGCUGAAUGUGAAUGGUAACCCCGAGAAAAACCUUUCAGUUGGUGGAACUGCUGAGUUUUCUUUAUUUCAAACAAACCAGCAUCCUAUUAGUGGAGCUUCUUAUGUUUCUGAAAAUCUGUCAAGUCGCUGGGAAAAAGUUCAGGAUGUCGACUUGGAGCUUUUACAAGGUUUUAACUUUCUUGACCGUGAGCACCAGAUUUUUCUCAUGGUGCUAGGCGCUGUUGUGUUUUGGGAGCUGUUGGCUGCACCUCUCGAAUGGAUGGUUGAUGACAGCCUUUAUGAAUAUCUUGACUUUGUUGAUGCAACUGACAGAUAUGGGAAGCUUUGGAUUUGGAGUUAUUUGGGGGCGUCUGGAGGAGUCUGUGGUGUCACCAUAUUUGUGGAUCAGUUGAACUGCUUCCUCAGUGCUAAAAUCUCUCGUCUCUCUGUACACUUCUAUGGCUAUGCUGUACUGAUCACACUCACGUUGCUCACCAGUGUCUUUCUUCCUAUCCAUGUUUCCAAGAAAACAGAGCAUGUGAACAAAACUGUCAAAGCUCUGAACCUUAUUGGAAGUGAUGGCCGAACAAUUCUGUCUGCUGUCACCGUCUUCCUUACAGGAGUCAUUGGCUCUACUGUGCAGAAUUUUCUCUUCUGGCAAAUGCAAGACCAAGGCAGCAGUGAAAUAUACAUGGGUCUAUCGGUAGCUAUUGGACUGAUUGCUGAAAUUCUGCUUUAUACCUGCAAAAGCAAGCUGCUAAGAGCUCUCUCAAGUAGUGGUACUGUUGCACUGAGUUUAAGCUGCCUUUCAGCACAGCUUCUAUACUAUUCAUUCAUAUGGAAUGCAUGGUCAGUUCUGCCUAUUCAGAUUUUGUGUGCCUUCAGUAAUGGUGCCUUAUGGUGGGCAAUUAAUAUGUUAGUUGACGAUGUAGCCAGUCCUGGGACAGAGAGAUCUCUGCACGUCGUCCUCCAGGGCCUCUCAUAUGGCUGUGGAACUAGCCUGGGAAGCUUUGCAGGGGGAUUUGUUGCGAGUAAUUUUGGAUUGGCAGUUCUGUACAGAGCAUGCUCUGUAAGUUUGGCACUCUGGUUAAUCUUGUUCCUGAUUGUCCAAUCUAAAUUGCCUCGGCAGAAAAAAAUUAAUUAUUCUCGUCUCCUGGCUGCAGAUCCUAGUGAUGUGAGUGACUCCGAUGAGGAGAAGGAAAGGGACUGGCUGAUAAAAGCUAUGAAAGAUGAGAACUUCAAUAGGAAUUGGUAACUUCAUCACAUUUGAUCAGCUAAUCUGCAAUAGAACAAAUUCAAAGUACACAGGUGAAAUUAUUAGGCAGGUGGGAAAGAAAUGCCCAGAAUGACUAAUAAGUCCUAAGCUGUGGAAUAUACAGUGUACGUAUUUGCUUGGAAAGCCAUGUAUGAAGUCCAUGUUUGAUAAAUCUUUUAUUUUCUUAAGAUUAAUUUAUAGUGAAUAUUUGUAGCAUUUUUUUAACUUAAUCAUUCCAAAAUCCAUGUGAAAUGCCUUUUGAGGUGCACAUUUGCUAAAAUGAAUGCAGUUUCAUUUUUAAUUAAAGGGCAAAAUGUGGAUGCACUUGUCUAAUAAAUAAUUUUAAAUACUUACACAGUCAGUAAGGUGCCACCCUCCAAGACUGUCUUGAGCCAGCAAGGAUCAUUAAUGAAGGAAACCUUCUCCCCCACCGCUUUAUUUUGAUCUCCAAAAUCAGUUUGCUGUCAGGCUUAGUUGACAGUGAAAAAUUAUAUUGGAUAGUAUACUAUACUGUUACAUCCCUAAUCUGUACUAAGUAGCUCUGCCAGCAUAAUUCAUGUUUAUGAUGGCAGUGCAGUCUAGCAGGUAGACCACCAGAUGGUUUCAAAAGGCUUGGUUUCCUCUGUCACUGGUUUGCUGGAUGACGUUGGGCAAGUCACUUUUCCUUCCAGCCCCUUAGUUUUCCCCGCUUGUAAAUGUUACUGACCCUCUUUGUAAAGGGCUUUGAGGUCUGUGAAUAAAAGGUUUUAUAUAAGA